AUGGCUGAGGUCGAAUACGCCGACGCUCUCAGGCAGCACCUUGUGGCAGCACUGAACGAGGUUCUCGCCGCAAAGCCCGACGAUCCGUUCAAGUCGCUGCAAAAGAUCCUGUUCGCUGCGUCGCUCGGAGACGGCACACCUCCCGAGGCCUCGCCGGUCGCGCAAGAUGCCGACAUGAAGGAAUACCUUGCGAAGUUCGACCUCGAGACGCACAUCGCCGACGUGAUCGCGAAGAAAGGCAAGGGGUCGGGGCCGAUGAGCGGCGUCAAGUUCAUGAUCUCCGACGCGGGCGACUUCUUCACCGAGCUCUCGAAGAAGCUCAAGGCGGCCGGCGGGCAGCCGAUGACGGCGGAGGAGCUCAAGGCGAUGGACGCGGCGGCGGCCAAGGCCAAGCGCGAGAAGGACGCGCGCGAGCAGGCGGAGCGCGACGCCAAGGACGCGGAGAACGCCAAGAGGGCGGCCGAGAUGGAGGCGCAGGGCAAGUCGGUGGGGGGCGGCUUGCACAAGUUCGACAAGUCCGAGGUGGACGUCAACGGCGGCACGGCCACGGCCGACGACUUCAUGGACGCGUUUGGCUUCUAGCGCCUCUCUCCCUGUCUGCACGUCAGGGCACGAACAGCCCCCUCCCUUCCCCCCCCCUCUCUUCUGCAAUCGCUUCUGACUGACAUGGUAUUCUUAACUGCGGACAUAUACUUACUGCGCAGCUAGAAGAGUGUCGCCGGGCACGCACCUUCCUUACUGCGCACCUUGUCACACACAUGUGUGACAGCCGUACUGGCUCUGUCUCGAGUGCGGCGCGUAACCGUUCGCACACUCUCGCGAGCACUCGCCUACGUUCAUGAAUGCAAUCCACAUGGCAAAG